AUAGUAGUGAAAUGAACUGGUUUCACUGCAACAACUGUUACGUGAGAGAAGGAAAAAAGUUUGUUGUGUCCAGCUGUGGCCAUAUAUUUUGUGAGAACUGUGUAAAUACAAGUCAGUGCCGAGUUUGCCAUGCCAACUGUAACUACCUUCACAUAUCUGAUCAGAUGAAGCCACAAGAAAAGAUGUUUUUCAAAGAUCCAGUGAAACUGGUUCAGACUCGAUUGGAACAUAUUGCACAGAUUGCUGUUUUUCAGAAAAGGCAGAAGGAGCGAGUCAUUUCAUUCUUAAGAAGCAGGUCUAUGGAACUCGAACGAAAGGUGAAAGAAGUUCGUGAUCAGUGCUACAGGCAAGUGUCUGAGCUGAAACAAGAGAAUGAAGAACUGAAAAAGCCGCUUUCUCAGAGGAGAACACCCCCAGGGUCAUCCAUCUCUAUGUCAAGCAUGAGUUCAGUACAUGGUUUCAGGACACCCAGUUCAGUUAAUACUCCCACAAGAAUUGACUAUUCUUCCCUUCUCAUAAUCCGUAGGUCCCAACAUACAACCCCAAACAAUUUUCAGGUCCAGCUUCUGGCUAGGCCUACACUCCAGUCCCCAAGGACAUAAUCAAUAACCAUAGGUAGCUAAAUCAGGUCUUUAGAAAGCCACUUCAUUAAUGCAUCCACAUCACCUAAAAGUUGAGUGAUCUACUUCAUGCAUCCUUCAUAUCAGUAGAAUUAUAAUUGACAUGAAUUUAUUUGAAAAAUACAAUUUUCAGUUUAUUUGAAAAUGGCACAGAUAAAAGCUUUAUUGGGUCAUAGAUGUUUUUUUCAUUUAUGUUGGUCUCUCAGUAUCUCAAGUAUUUUGAUUAUUUUUGAGAUGAGGUUAUUGUUAAGAUUGAAAUUACACACAAAAUGUAAACUACCCUGCUUUCAUUUUCCAGUGGGAAAAAAAGUAAUUGUAUUUGCAGUUAAAAGAAAAAAAAACAUUAAAUGUGAUAUUCAAGAAUAUUUUCACAUAUCAACAUUUUGCUAACUGGGCUCAGUUACAAUAAAAAAAUAAAUAAAUCAGUCAAAUAAAUAACAUUAUUUCCAGAUUAUUAUAACAGAAACGUGAAACAGCUACAUGAGGAAUGUCUCAAUCAAUUUGUUGUAUUUUAAUUAACAGCAGUUAAUGUUAAUGUUCCCUUUUUUAGUUGGAAUUUGACCACAAAACAGAGACAUAAUGUAUCAUUAAGCAUAUUAAAAGAUCUGGGCUGCGUUUCUCAAAAGUAUCUUGAUUGAUGUAGGUCGUAGUGGUCAUGAUUCUUUUGGGAAACGCAGCAAUAAACUCAGCAUACAACUCUCAUACAUAACCAAAACUUGUGCAUCUUUGUUGAUAAAUGAAAUACCGAUGAAUUUAAACCUUACAUUAAUGCUAAAUACAGGUCUACUUUAAAUGAGGUCAGAGUUAAACUUAAUGCUAUAUUUUUUUCCUAAUGAAAAUACGGUACCAAUUGUAUUGAUAAUUUUUUAGCGGUGGCAGCUAAUGUGACCAUCACACACCACAAGACAUCUUUGACAUGAUUGAUGUCAAGAAGUUAUCUGAACAGAAUGCAACAGCGAGUUAAACAUAAUCAGUCAUGUUUUAUUUCAAUGCAACGUUUUGCCUCCCUGAAACUUUACAAGUUUACAGACAAUAAGGCACAAGAUUUUGCAAAAACCAUGGCUUUUGUUGUCUUUUCACUGCAGUGGGGUAGGGAUGUAUUCAAAUGAAAUGUUUAUACACAGGGAAGUAGCAUUCAUGGAUCCAUAAACCUCUAAGUGCGGAAUGUUAAAGAUAAUCGGAGGGCAAUAUAUAAUAUAUAUAUAUAUGCCGUAUGAAUCUUAAAUCAGAUAACUACAAAUUGACAAAAACAUGCCCUUGCAUUGCUAACGUUACUGGUCCAAAAAACUAAACUACAGUACCUAAUAGAUAACCAAGCCAAGGUUUCUGGAAAUCUAAACAGUUUGAAUAUCAUAUCAGUUCUAAGAAGCAGCAAUUAAGGCUCUAAAGGAUUACUAACAAAAAUACCAACAACACAAACAUAAGAAACUGGAGGAACAACCAGUGUACAGAUGACUCCCAGAGCAUCACAGGAACAUUACUUAUU